AUGCCUGACGGUCAAGAUAAUAAGACUUUUAAACAAAGAAAGACUUUUGCGGUGAGAAAGGAAGAGGUGGAGGGGAUCCGGCAGAAGUUUCCAAGCAAAGUACCUGUGAUUGUUGAGCGGUUCCACAAAGAGACAACUUUACCUGUGCUGGAUAAAACCAAAUUUUUGGUGCCCCAGGAGCUGACCAUGUCUCAGUUUGUUACAAUUAUCAGAAACCGAAUGUCCUUGAACUCCAACCAGUCUUUCUAUUUGAUCGUCAAUAACAAAUCCAUCUCCAGCAUGUCUGCAACAAUAGCAGAGAUUUACCGGGAUGAUAAGGACGAAGAUGGUUUCCUUUACAUGACCUACGCCUCACAGGAGAUGUUUGGAUCUUUGCAGGAGAGCACUUCCCAUUUCUAG